UUUGACGUCUCCGAGAGGUUUGGCGCCAGCUAUUUCGCGGGACGAAAGCACAAGGCGUCGUGUUUUCAAACACAAGCAAAAAAGGCCGAGUGUCGUGCAGAGAGCAAGCCGAGGUGCUGAGCUCGAUAGGCGGACACUUUAGUAGCGCUCGUCCCCUUCUCGGUUUUCUGCUUCGAACAGUGCGUCAUCUCUGCGGACCGCCAGGCUGUGCAACGUUGAGUAACGAUGAUGGCGUCGGCAGAGCCUCCCAGCGCCUUCAGCAUCGUCCCCCUGCUGGAGUGUCUGGAAGACGGCGCCGCUGGACGCCCUGAGCAGACCGACGCCUAUCUCACCAUCGCCAACCGCCUCAGUGGAGAGGAGGGUCGGCAGUUUCUCCCUGCAGUUGAAAAGCACUUUUCCCGUCUGGGCGCGACCAUCUUGGCCCACGUCAGCAGUCCACACGCCGAGCUGAGCCAAGCGGCCCUGCAGGCGUUGGGGUUUUGUCUCUACCAUUCGCACGUCGUCUCGCAAGUUUCCGAAACCUUGGCCGCCGAUAUCCUGUCCGCACUUUGCUCGGUGGUGUCUAAUUCCACGGAGAAGAACACCUGCACCCGGGCGUUGUGGGUCAUCUCCAAACAGAGCUUCUCCACCGACGUGGUGGGCAAAAAAGUCCCGUUUAUCCUGGCGAUGCUGGAGAGCAUUUGGAGCAAAGGCGACGUCCAGUCUGUGGUGAUGGAACACGAGGCUUUGAACGUGAUCAUCAGGCUGCUGGACCAGGUCCCUGUGCAGAUGGGCGAAGGCACGGUGCGCUGGGCCAAGCUUGUCAUCCCCCUGGUGGUGCACUCCGCCUCCAAAGUGCGUCUGCGGGCUGCGGCCGCCAUGGAGAUGAGCCUGCCGCUGCUCCUCCAAAAGCAGAUGGACGUGGCCGCCGUCAUGGAGCCUCUCAUGUCCACGAAGCUGAUCCCAGAGCUUCAGAAGCUUUUCAUAUCAAAGAAUGAAACGAACGUCCUGAAGCUCUGGUCGUUGUUUGUCAAACUUCUUGGCAAGAUGUUGCAUCGUGGCGGUCCCUUCAUCAACUCACUGCUCCACCUGGAGGAGCUGGGCUUUCGCAGCUCGUCUCCCACCGUCAAGAAGAUCGCCUUCAUCGCCUGGAAGAGUCUCAUCGACAACUUUGCCCUCAACCCAGACAUCCUGUGCAGCACCAAGCGCAUGAAGCUCCUCAUGCAGCCCCUCAUGUCCAUCAACGUCAAGACGGAGGCGCUGAUGCUCACCAAGGUAGAGGUGUGGUGGUACCUGGUGGUCCAGCUGGGCCCGAACCUGUUCCCUAACUUUGAUCAGGUGUCGGUUCCUCUGCUGCAGUACACCAUUGGAUCGGACUCCUCCUCGGCGCAGGGCACCCCCGCCAGAGGAGCUGGUCAGAAUGGCGUCGCUCACCCCAAAACUGCGGGCUCGAACAGCAGCCUUCGACUCAGCAUAAACUCCAGCAUGCAGGUGCCCUCCGCCUUCCCCUCCAUCCAGCUGCUGGGCCUGGAGAUGCUGCUGCACUACUUCCUGGGAACCGAGGUUGUCGCCACGGCGGCCAAGAACAAGCUUGUGCUGACUCUCGAACCUUUAAAACAUUCUCUCUUGAGCGCUGCCUGUUCCUUCAGCAAACAUGCUGCUGUGCUCAUCUCCAGCAUCAAAGAUGGAUUCAGCAACGUCGGCAAGGAAGCUCCAGAGUCACUUUUGGCACUUCUAUGGAAUCAUCUUGUCUAUUUUGUCAGCUUAGCCACUGAGUCUGGCAGUAAGAAGGACAGGCAGGGCGGUGAAGUCCUGACGCAGAUGUUGCAAACCCUCGAGAGCAUCAUCCUCUCAGAAGCUCUUCCUGCAGAUAAAGUCCUGAUUCUCUUGGAGGGCACAGUCAAAGGCAUCUCCCCUCGCGUCCUGGGCUCUGCCGCCUACCAAGUGGGCAAGAUGGACGUGCUCAACGGAACGCCAGCGCUUUUCCUCAUUCUCCUCCUCUUCGACAGCAGCAUGCUGGCGGCCUACAUCGAGGACGCCAGGUUUUACCACUGCCUCAAGACGCUGGUGGGCUGCGGCCUGUCGGGCCCCACCUCCCCGUUGGCGUUUGGCGAGGCGGUGCUGGGCGCCAUAAAGCGCAGCGCCACUUGCGUGCACAACAAAGAGCACCUGCUGAGGAUGUGGAGCGCAAUGGUCGGCCCGCUGACGGACACCAUAACGCAGUCGAAUGAAGUCAACCAAGGAGACGCCUUGGAGCACAACUUCAGCGCCAUGCACUCCGCCUUGUUGUUCCCCGUCACGCACCUGCUGAGUGGGACGCCUCUGCAGCAGGCGUCCCAGAAGUCCAUGCUGUCCACGUGGUCUAAACUCUACAAGGUGUUUGCACGCUGCUCUUCUUUGGUGGUCACGGCCGAAGAAAAUGUGUGCUGUGAAGAAAUCUGUGCCAAGAUGGCCGCUACAGUGGACCGGGAGACCUUGAUGCUUCCAUCCUCGCUGAUGGCGACUUCUUGCAUCCUGCACGUCAUGGUGGAAUGUGUGGACUUCUCCCCGUACACGCCACACUUCCAGCAGAAGUUAAAGUCUCCCCACACUCCAGGAACCUGGAACAAGAAGAAAAGCAAGGCUCUCGGGAACUUGUCCACCUUGGAGACCCUGCUGGUUCAGUGUCUAGAUGCGUACCUGGCUGGCCAGGAGGAGGUUCCGUCCGAGAGCACGGGCACGGCACUGCUCUCCAUCUUGUCCGCCCUCUUCACCAACCUGGUGCUUGGUCAAGCCGCCAAGGAGCUGCUCACUUCCACCAUCCAGCUUCUCGCCGUCCUCUAUCAGAAAGCAGAUGGCGAGCCGCCCGAGUUCACAUCACAGAUUCUUACCAAGAUGGAGAAGCUUGUGAGCGAGAUCUUGAACUGCAUCCAGAGCCGCUCUGCUCUUGCCUAUGAUGACGACCUCCUGGCUCUGCUUUCUCCACUGCUUUGUGUGCUCUUCUCGCACAAAAACAAGCAGCACCGCACAGCCGUCACACACUUCUGGAAUUCCACCUUCGCCAACACCGUCAGCCUGACGUAUCCGGAGAAGCUCAGACCCAUCUUGACCCAGGUGAAGCAAAAGACUCCCAUCAUUCUUCCCGGGUUUGAAGCCAUCAGUGGUCCUGAUGAUCUCAGUGGACAGUAUUCUAGCGAGAGUUCCCAGUUAGAAACCAUACUCAGCGGUGUGCCAGUCGCCUCUGCAGGGAAGAGGGACUCUCUCCAGGGAAAGUCUGCUGUGGCAAAUGACCAAAGCUACAUCAAGACCUCCAAACUGGUCUCCACAAAGCUGGACUUUGGCUCCCCGAUGGUUCCCCGUAGGGAGGUCUUGGAAGAGCAGGCUUCUGUUGAUUUUGUCUUCAUUCCUCCUGAGACAAAGGAGAGAGUUUUAACAGAGCACCAAAAGGAGGUCAAAAGGACCAAAAGGGUGGACAUACCUGCUAUGUACAACAACCUCGAUGCCUCUUUGGAUACCACCGUUUUCACUCAGUACACACAAAGUCAGGAAGACUCUGUGGGCCAGCCACCAACUGAAGAAGAUGUUGCCCAGGAAACUCCUGAAAAGGGUGCUGAGUUGAGUGAGGUUUCUGACAUUCAAAGAAAGGAAACUCAAGACUUUGAAGCUUUCGAGAAAAAGUCAGAGGAGGAGCCGGAGAUGAUACCUGAGUCGACCGAUGUUUCCAUGGAGGACGAUGCCAAGAGUGACGUCAGAGCUGAAGAUACAAGUGCACAGCCUGCAAAGACGACCAGUCCCAACACGUCAGUCUCUGGAACUCCUCAGAAGUCCAGCAGUGGCAGCAGACGUCAGAACUUCAUUACUUUGGAGAAAUAUGCCGAGGGAAAGCCUGCGAGCCCCAGCACUGUGUCCACCUUCACAGGAUCCCGAGUUAAGACCUCUAAUAGCCAGGAACCCUCGACAAACUCCGAUAAUCUUUCUCCCGAGGCAUCCCAAAAAGUGAGUCUGCAAAACUCUGAGAGUGUCUGUGAGAAGACCCUAAAGUGUCCAGUGAGUGAAAUCCAAGAGUCCCCUCGAAGGCCCAAAGUGGAUAGUGAAAGGCUAGUCAAGCCUGUCAGGUUGACUGAGAGGCUUACGAGUGAUGAAACUGUAGAUGAAGAUGUCAUCCCAGACACUCAGACUGAGGAUGCGGUCAUGGUGAAUCCUGCAGAGACCGUCACCUCAAUGGAUGUGACACCUUCAGAUUCAAAUGCGGAUUCUAUAGAGACUUUUGAUGAUUCCCAGUUGUCUGAAAGCCUGACCUCUCCCAGUGAUACGAACGUGAAUUCUCAAGAGACACUUGUUGAUUUGCAGUCAGCCAUUUCUCAGAGCGAGCAGAGACGACAAAGCCGCAGACAAAGUAAGCAUCUACUCCCGGAAGAAGAGCCAGUGAAGUCAGACAUGUUGUCAAACAGACCAAAUACCAGAAGCAAGCUAGCCAGCGAGAAGGUCACUGCGAAACUACGGAAGAGGUCUCUGAGGGACAGCGGGUCAGACAAAAUGAACUCCCCAGCCCGAUCACACAAGAAGGUUAAGCUAUAUAGCAGUUCGGGGGAGUUCCUCAUUAAACCAGAAAACAAAAGUAGAAGCAGCAGAUUCCAAAAUUUGAGUCAAACAAACGACCAGUCGGACUCUCCGUCUGAGUCAAGCCAGUCUCAGAGAAAGAGCAGCCGGUCUCGUAAAUCUUUAACAGAGCCUGAUGAGGAGAAUGGUAUAAAUGCAGAGUCUGUGAAAAAUUCCAAACAAGCUACCCAGUCUGAUUCUGAUAGCCAAUCACAACAAAGACGCCGCCAGUCUUCUAAAUUAUCACGUGAGCCCAAAGAGAAGGGUCUUAUGGAGCCUGAACCAAUGUCUGAGAAAGUGCCAAGUCAAACUGCCUUAAAACCAGACAGCCAGUCUGAUUCUGAAAGGCGCCGUCGGUCUUCAAAAUCCUUACUGCUGUCUGAAGAGGAGGAUCUCCAGAAGCCAGAGAAAGUCUCUGGUCAAAGUGACUUACAAGCGGACACCCUGAAUGUUUCCGAAUCACAAGAACAACAUGAUCGGCCUGCCAAAUUUGUAUUGGAGCCUAAGGAGGAGAGUAUUAAUGGGCAUGACACUACAUCUGACAAGAUGUCCAGUCAGACUGACUUUAAAUCAGAUAACCAGUCUAAUUCUGAAAGUCAGACACAGAACCAUCUUCGCAAACCUUCUAAAUUACUGCAGCAGAUACUGGAGAAAGGAUAUUUAAAGACGGAGUCUGAAUCAGGAGAUUUUGGGACAGACCUUAAAAUAGUCUCGCCUCAAACGGAUGACCAAUCCCAAGAAUGCGAUUUUGUUGAGCAAAACAAAACCACUGAAGGAGAUUCUCCGUUUUCUUCUUCAACUAGUGGUGAGUUUCAAGAUGCGGUGAGCACACCAAAGGGUGAUUUAAAGAUGUUUAUGCCUGAAGAACUUAGUCAAGAUUCACAAAAGAUCAUGCCAGCGUCCACUGCAACGCCACCUCUAAAAACAUACAGAAGACCAAGUAUGGCAUCUUCAGAGGACGGCGAUAAAAGUGAUCUCAGGACUUCAUCCAGGAGGAAAAAUAUGUCUAGUUCUCAAGAAAUUGCUUCGUCAGAGGCUAGGAGUGAAGGUAGGCAACGGAAGAGCAAGGCUGCUUGUUCUUGUACUUCAGAAAGCUCCCAGUCAUUAGCUGGUGCAGCAUCCACUGAGUCCUCUCCAUUGAGGGGCAGAUAUUCACGGCGACGGUCUUCUACUACUGAAUCAUCUGAGUCAGAAUUGUCACAGGCCAGGAAACAUCCUUCACUGCCCACAGAGAGUCGAAGGAAAUCCAGAUUAUCGCCAAAUGCUCUGAAAUCACUUGAAAAAGUGGGUGCAAAGGAUUCUGCAACUCCAGAGACUUUGAAAACCACGAAAGUAGAAUAUGGUGAUUUAUCAAAAAACUCAGAUUCUUCAUUUUCUGAAUCACCAGAGACUUUGGACAUCUCCAAAGAAAGACAGAUAGACAAUACUGAAGCAUUAGAGCCUGAAACUGCAGAGACUCCACUCAUUGUGUCACCGCGCAAGAAGCGGAGCAGACGAAGAGUCUCUGGAACCAAAACUCAUGCGUCUUUAGAAGAACCACAGCAGUUGGAAUCAGAAAUGAUAAACUCAGAAGAGCUCCCUACCCAGCAGAGUCAGGAGGACAUGCUUUGUGAGACUUCUGCUGCAGACACACCAGCUCCUCCCAGUGAGUCCCAAGAGAAGUUGCAGGAGGAGAGCAUAGCUGAGGUGAUUGAACCCGUAAAGGAUUUUGAUUCCGGUCAUCGUGAAGACGCAGUUGCUCCAGCUGUGGAGGAACCUAACAGUUCCACACUUGGACAAGUCCAAGAAGAAGGUUCAAUUGUAGUUGAUGUUGAGGAAAAUUCCCCAAACCAGGACUUGGAAGACGUAUCAGAAAAAGAUGCCCCUGUGUGUGAUGGUGAUAAAGAUGAACUGUUGCCUUUAGAGAAAACCCAGACCACAGGCAUGGAUCCAGAUGCUGCUCUAAGCAGUCUUUGUACAUCUGAUUUAACACACAGCAGUGUCGCCCACAAUUCGCCGGCAAAGAUUAAGGAUCUUGAGGCUGCGUUGGGGCCAGCCAUAGUGCUGAGUCCCUGCAGUAACAGGACCAAGGGCAUCUGGUCGCCAUCUGCCUCCCCGUCAUCGAGUAUCCUGAAGAAAGGCCAGAAGCGACUCCUGGAGGAGGAGACACCCUCACCUCCAGUGAAGUCCAGGCGUGUGUCUUUUGCGAAUCCAAUCCAACAACACGAGACUGCGGACGACAUUGAUCGCCGCAGCCCUGCCGUCCAAACCAGCUCCCCUCGAAGAUCCAAAGUUGGCAACCUCCCACAGCCCAAAUUAAUCACGACGCCAACAAAGGGCUCGACGAUCUUCAGUCCCAGGAUUCUUCGGAGUCCAGGUUUCAAGAGCUCUAAGAAAUGCCUGAUUUCUGAGAUGAGCCAGGAGCUCCGCCCCGUUCCUAAAGACUGCAUCUACCCGGCCCUGGUUGGCUGCUCCGCACCUGUAGAAGCUGUGCUGCCGCAGAUAUCCUCCAGCAUGUGGUCUCGUGGUUUCGGUCAGCUGGUGCGAGCGCGCAACAUCAAAACAGUCGGCGACCUCAGCUGUCUGACCCCCAGUGAGAUCAAGACGCUUCCUAUUCGCUCCCCAAAGAUCUCCAACGUCAAGAAGGCGCUCAAGACCUACGAACAACAGCGUAAAGGAAGAGGCCUUGAGGAGUUGAAGAGUUUCGUGGAGAUGGAGAUGAUGACCUCAGAGCUGGAGGAGACCAGCACGACUCCCAACCAGGAUGAUGAAGACAAGAGCAACGAAACGUUGGCCACAGAGUUGGUGGACCAGCCAGGUCCAGUUCCCACCGGGCAGGGUGACGAGCACUCAAGCCUCCAAACCCCCACCGGGGUCCCCGAGGCUCCUUCAGUGGCUCAAUGGGGUCUCUUGUCCCAGCUGGACUCUCUGGACAGCGAGAUGACUCCGCCUCUUCUGAACCAAUGUUCUCCCCAGCAGCUGUUGGACGUCCAUCAGCGUCUGACAGGCCUCACGAGGCGCGUCGUUCUGGAGAUGAGUGUUCGUCUCGGCGCCGCUCAGGAGCGUCCCUGAUUGCUCCGUGGACAACACCCCCUGUGCCCUUUUUGUUUUUGGUUUUUAAAGUCACUUCUUUGACUGCUUUUUACCAAACAACCCAUGUUUUAACUCACACACUCGGUGUGUUUAGCUUGUAAAUAUUGUAGAACGAUGACUUGUUUUAAGCUAACAAGUAGGUUAGCAUUUAUUUUUAUUCUCAUGUGUGCUUUUUAAUCAGUUAAAAUAAAAACAUUGGAAUGUAUGUAUUUGAAAGAAAAA